GUUAGGGAGGCUCUGCGCCUCAGCCGCCUCCUCCUCCGCCGCUCCCGCCCACUUCUCCGCGUCUGCCGCUGCCGCUGCCCGGGGUCUCCGGGGGUCGCUACCGGGCUGGCCCCGCGCCACUGCAGUCGCUUCAGCCUCGCGCUAGAGGCCGCUUCGGGAGGAGACCCGCCGGCCGUCGUGCCACUUAGGGCCUCAGUUCUCGCCUUGUCGACGUCGCCAAGGGUUCUGGAGAAGCGGCCAAGGCCGGGGAACGGGGCUUCGCGGUUCCAACGAUUAACUGCUGAAGUACUGAUCGAGUUCUGCGUUUCUUCAAUGAGGAACUACAGGCUGAUCUUCUGCCAUAAUCUCAAACAACCAUAAAUGACAGAAAGAUGCUUGCUCAGUGAGGGUAGCUGGUGCAGAAGCCGUUUUUUAAACUUAGGUGUUUAAGUACUCAAAGAAAAGACAGCUUUGAUUUCUGGCUGCAAAAAAGCUAUGAGGAAGAGCUCCUCCCCUUCCUUGAGUAACUGCAACUCCGAUCUUGCUAACAAAAUAUUUGGAAUUCCACUUGAUGAGCUGCAGCAGGGAGGACAUCCAGACAAUGAGGUUCCGUUCAUAGUCCGCCACGUUGUGGACUAUAUUGAGGAACAUGGAGGUCUGGAGCAACAAGGGCUGUUUCAAGUCAAUGGGAAUGCUGAGACAGUGGAGUGGCUGCGGCAGAGAUACGACAGUGGAGAAGAGGUGGAUUUGGUUAAGGAAGCGGACGUCCCCUCAGCCAUUAGUCUCCUUAGGUUUUUCCUGCAGGAGCUCCCUGAGCCCGUCAUACCUGGCAGCUUGCAUAGUCACUUGCUGCAGCUUUCUCAAGAUUAUAAUAAUGAAGAUGAAUUUGGAAGAAAGUUGAGGUUCCUCUUGCAACAGCUUCCACCUGUUAAUUACAGUUUGUUAAAGUUUCUGUGUAGGUUUUUAGCCAAUGUAGCAUCACAUCAUGAAGAAAUUUGGUCUGCAAAUUCUUUGGCUGCUGUUUUUGGUCCAGAUGUCUUCCACAUUUACACGGAUGUGGAAGAUAUGAAAGAGCAGGAAAUUGUGAGCAGGAUAAUGGCGGGGCUUCUGGAAAAUUAUGAUGAGUUUUUUGAGAAUGAAGAGGAAGAUUUUUCAUCAAAUGAUUUGAGUUCAAUUACUGAGCAGGCAGGUAGCAGCAUUCUCCACAGUCUGGAGUCUGGAGAGCAGGCAUUUCACGAGGCCCUAGAGAAGGGAAUUACAGCAGUCAAAGAAAGAAGAGAUGUUAAUGAACUUUCUGAGGAAGAAGAAGAAGAUGAAAAGCUGGAACAUAUAGAAGAACUUCCAGAAGAAGGUAUAGAAAAGUCAGCUGGCAUGCCAGAGGUGUUGCAGUUAAGGAUGACUGAAAACAUCCUGGAAUCCGACAGUGUUACAGCAUCAACAAGGGUUGCUGCUGCUGCUGCUACUCCUAAUGCCAGUGACGCUAACAUAAAGUGUUCAAAACCUGUGGCUGGUACUACUGCAGAUACUGAAGUCAUGCAGCAAGAUUUUGUAUUUGAGGAUCGGAAAAAUAAUGAGUCUGUAGGUAUACUGUUAGAGCCUUGUAGUGACCACGGGGAUAGUGAAGAUGGCUGUCCUGAGAGGAGGAAGGAAUAUUUAUUAUGUGACAGUGAUAAAUUGCCACACUUGAUUCUGGAUUCUAGUAGCAAGAUACGUGAUUUGAAUGCCAACACUGAAUCGGAAGUAACUGAAGGUCAGAAUGUUGGUGUUCAAGGAGAAGCAGCAUGUAUACAAAUUGCACAUUUAGAUCUGAAGAAUGUUUCUGAUGGUGAUAAAUGGGAAGCGUCAUGCCUUAUCACUUUCCCCCUCAUUGAUUUCAAAACAAUGCAUCUGCAGAGAGAUGGGGAGGAGCCGUUUCCUGCAUUUAAGUCUUGGCAGGAAGACUCUGAGUCUGGAGAAGCUCAGCUGUCUCCACAGGCUGCAAGGAUGACUCACCAUCCCCUGGGAGAGGACUGCCCUCCAGUAUUAUCCCAUCGUAGUUUAGAUUUUGGGCAAAGCCAACGUUUCCUACAUGAUCCAGAAGCAUUGGAUUUCUCGUCAAAGGCACUUUCCUUCACUAGAAUUCGAAGGUCAUCCUUCAGUUCAAAAGAUGAAAAAAGAGAAGACAGAACACCUUAUCAGUUGGUCAAGAAACUUCAGAAAAAAAUCAGACAAUUUGAGGAGCAGUUUGAAAGGGAAAGAAAUAGCAAGCCCUCCUACAGUGACAUUGCAGCCAAUCCGAAGGUAUUAAAAUGGAUGACAGAGCUUACAAAGUUGCGGAAGCAAAUUAAAGAUGCAAAACACAAAAAUUGUGAUGGAGAAUUUGUGCCUCAGACACGCCCUCGGAGUAACACUCUUCCAAAAAGUUUUGGCUCUUCUCUAGACCACGACGACGGCGAGAGUGAAGGUGAGCCCAGAGUCAUUCAGAGAGAGAAGAAGCCAUCUAAGGAAGCAACUCUGGAGCUGAUUACAAAGCGACUGAAGGAAAACCGUGCUGAGCGGCACCUUCCUGAGGACAUCAAGAAAAUGACAAAAGAUCAUUUGAUAGAAGAGAAAACGUCUCUGCAGAAAAGUCUGCUUUACUAUGAAAGUCAACAUGGAAGGCCGGUGACCAGGGAAGAAAGGCACAUUGUUAAGCCUCUCUAUGAUAGAUACAGGCUUGUAAAACAGAUGCUGACAAGAGCUAGCAUUACUCCUGUCCUUGGGUCUCCCUCCACGAAACGCCGGGGUCAGAUGUUACAGCCAAUCAUAGAAGGAGAAACGGCACACUUUUUUGAAGAAAUCAAGGAAGAAGAAGAAGAUGGUGUCAGCCUCUCCUCUGAGUUAGGUGACAUCUUGAGCACAGCCAUGCACACACAGUCGUCCUUGGAAAACUCAGAAUCUGAUGCUGAAGAAAAUCAAGAAAAACUGGCUCGGGAUCUCUGCUUAUCAAGUACUCGGGCAGCUUCUAUGCCCGAAUUACUGGAACAACUUUGGAAAGCCAGAGCUGAGAAAAAGAAACUGCGUAAAACGUUACGGGAGUUUGAAGAAGCGUUUUAUCAACAAAAUGGAAGGAACGCCCAGAAGGAGGAUCGCGUUCCAGUGCUUGAGGAAUAUAAGGAGUACAAGAGAAUUAAAGCCAAGCUUAGACUUCUUGAAGUUCUUAUCAGCAAACAAGACUCUUCAAAAUCCAUAUAAAAUAUGUUCCUUGAAAGCUGACAUCAUAAAGUGAUUGUGUCCCUGACCGUUGACCAUGUGUGCUUGGCUCGUUUGCGUUCACUGUGUCAGGCACUCAGAGAAGCCCAUGUUGUCCUUGUCUGUGGUUCCAGUAGGGCAAGGGAAGCUGUGACAUCACCGCAGGUCCUCGCCACUCAGUACACAUGCAGUCUCCUUCACUGGUCACUGCAGGUACAUCUAGUACUUCAAGAACUUUGGAAAUACAAAGCUUUUUGUUUACUUUGUUUUUUCUUUGGCAUUACUGAAGAAAAUUGAGAGGAAAAUCUUCACACUGAAUGAAAUUCUUAGGUUGCCUUUUUCUUAACAAAAUGACUGAAAAUUUAAAAGAAUAGCCUAUAAAUGUGACAUGUAUUUUUUUUUUCUAGAAAACCAAACUGAAUUUUCAAAUCCUGCAUUGGAACACCUUUCUGUGUCAUUUCCAAAGUGGCAACUGCACAGAUAGUACUUAGCCAGGAUUUGCAAUUCAGUGGUCACAGCACUGAGUGAAGAGAGCAGCAGGUAGAGCACAAAGCAGCCUUGCUUAGUCACUGCAACAUUGCACACAUCACUCACAGAGCUGAGUCACACCACACGCUGCCUACAGGACUUCAGUUACUGUCACCAGCUGCCAAUGCUGAGUUGUCUGGAUCAAACCUUGUGCUGUCCCCAACCCACCUCCAGAUGAUGUGAGAAAGUAGCCAUGCCGGUGUGGAGGGGCUUGGGUGGUGCUCAGAUUUGUGUGUCAUCAGAUGGGCCUCAAAAGAACGAACACACCUCAGUGUGUUCUCUAAGGGCUAGACCACUGCGGCUUUGCCUGUUUAUUCAGGGGGCUUCAUUCCAAGUGACCACCUCUCACCCAGUAGCUUGCUGUGUAAGGCAGCCGCUCACGGAUGUGCAGUGGUUUGCUCCUCUUAGCAUCUUUUUUUUCCUUUGGCUUUGCAUGGCUUUUCAGGUAAUCUGCUGAUCAUUUUUAUGGGAUAGUAACUUGUGUUAGUACGACAGAUGUGGGUCAGGCUUAGUCUAAGUGGGUUGUCCCUCACACCCCAUCCCCACUCCGGUGCUUUUUGGAAUUAAUAAAUGUCUCACUUUGCCCCUGCCUUGCAUGUAAUGACUCAUGCAUGAUUUCUUAAUAGUUUGUUUCAUUCAAAUGGAAUUUCACAACAUUUGAUAAGGUGAAGAAAGCAUGAAUGCUGCCACUAUUAUUACACAGUAAGACAGGAAGUAGUUUGAUAAUAAAUAGUGUGUCUAAGUACUUCACAUUUCACUUGUGUGUGCAAUGCCUUUUUUGGGGAGAGGGAAAAAUCCAGCAGUAGUGAAUAUGUAGUUGGAGGGUUUUUUUAAAAGUACUGCAUCAUCCAGCCUUGUUUGUGUGGUUUCCUUUUGAUAAUGCUAGGUCAUUCAUAAUGUAUUUUUAGAAAAUUAAUUAAGAAUGCCAAAAAUAUGUAUCAUUUGAUUUGAACCCAUCAUGUGGUGUACUUCUUAUUUUUUUUUUUCCAGACAGGAUUGCUACACGUAAUUUUAUGUGCACUGUAUAUUUUUAUGAAUGUUUUAUUUUGUAUACCACAUGCAAAAAAUGUUCAUGUGCACUAUUUAAAUGUUUUAAAUAAUAUAUUCCUUCUCUAUAACGCUAAAUCUAUUUGAGUACAAUAUUUUUAUAAGUCUGUAGCCUGACUGGGUUCAUUGAGUUACAGCUGCUUCCUAAUGUGGUCGCUCUGUGUUAGUUUUGGCUGAGGAGAGUAGCGAAGUGGCUCGCACGCCUCCAUGUGCUCGUGCUGACUCAUGGUUAGCAGUGGGGAUACUUAGGCAGCUUGUGAGAGUUUUACUUUGCUACAAAUAAAAAUUAUAUCUAUAUAUAAAUACUAUAUAGAUAUAGAUCUAUGUAUGUCCACCUUAUGAUUACAUUGCUGUGUUUGUUUGGCACUUCAUUGUACAGAGUUUUGUAAUAAAAGAACUUUACUGUUCUAA